GACAUGCGUGUUUGUUCGGGUUUUUAUGAUGGAGGGAUAAUUUCAACGAAAUUUAACUGUCACAUUUGUUAUCUAGACGUGUGUAUCAAACAAAACGAUGGACUAUCAUCCUAAUUAAUGAACGGAUUACAAAUAUUAUCACAGUGAAAACGUAACGGGCACUUGCACUUUUCCGAAGUCCUGCCGACCCCGUAAAAGAGGCAGUUUGGACACUACUGACGUUUUGUUUAAUAUUUUGACAUUCGCACAAUGAAGGCAUUCCUAAAAGGUGGCGAGGGGAUGAUGUUCCCCCUUUCCCCCAAGGUGACGACAGUUGGACGAGACAGUUGUGAUUUGAAUAUACAGCUUCCCGGGGUGGACUACCAACACGCGGUGCUUGAGUUCAUGGAGCAGGACGAAUGUUUCGUCUUACAGGACUUGAACUCUGCACAGGGCACGUACGUGAACGAUACCCGGGUUCAGAAUGCCGCGGUCAGACUUGCCCCCGGUGACAUCAUCCGCUUCGGGUACAACGGCACGCCGUAUGAACUGCACAUAGAGAACAAACCCCCAAUUGCAUAUUCUUCUGUCCAGUCCCGACCACCAUGGACGAUUCCUGUUUACGAACAGCCCGCAUAUACACUUUACCAACAACAACUGCAAACCACCACACAGGGACUUCCCUACCUGAGUCAACCGAGCGGGCAAGUCACAUCGGCUAUACUGGGGCCACGGCAACCAGGGGUCCCUCUGCCACGACCUCCUCUGAGGUCACGACCUUUGUCUGCAGGGUCAGCCACGCGAAGGUCGACCGUGGAUCCGAGAUUCCAGGCUAUUUCUGCAUCUAAUACUGUAGGAUCACCUGUGUCAAGAAAUACAUCAGAUCCAUCACUACCAAAGGCAAACGGCCCAGGUGGUUGGAUGACUGGAGGAGUAGCAAGCUCGUUCAGUGGACAGAACAUAUCACCCAUGGCAACACAGACAACUUCCAUCAGUGGUCAGGAUAUACUAUUAAUGCAAGAAAAGGAUCAGAAGCUUCAGCAGCUAUCGGAAGAAGUGAAUCGACUCCGCACCCAGGAGUACGAGGCUUUCCGCAAGGAUCAGUUCAUCCAGCAGUUACAGCAACAAGUGACGGACUUACAGACACGAAUACAGCAGGAACCGUCAGUAAUUAUGGGCCGAGAUGCCGAACUAACUGGCAAACUGGUGACAUUAGAACAAGAAGUGAGUUCGAAAUCAAACGAAAUAGCGCAGCUAAAAGAACAGCUUGCACAAUUGCAGCAGGAACCGGGCGGCAAUGCGGCUAUUUUACGCCACGAACUCACGGAAAAAAUAAAAGAAGCAAACAAUGCUCGGAACGAGUUAGAGAGAACGAAGAAGGACAAAAAUAUAACAUCUGGUCUCGUGACGCAGAUGCAGAGAGAUAUGUCAAACAAAGAGUCGCCCGACAUGCAUUACGAACUUAUCUAUGAAAUUGGGUCACCACGCUCACCCAGAGUAACUCACACAGAGCCAAAACCUGAGUCAGAUGAUUCAACAAUCAGCAAGUUGACGAGAGAAAUCGAGAUGCUAAGAAAAGAGAUUCGAGAUCGCGACGUUCAGCUCACAUCUUUAAACAACAGGAUUACCAAGUUGAAGGACAAACAUGAUUCUGGGUCGAUGAGAACUGAUGACAGGAACGACGCUAGGGAAAGAGAACUGAUCACACUGAGACAGAAAUUCAAGGCAUCAGAGAACAAGAUCUCCGACCAGCAUGACCUGGUGGGUUCUCUGCGUGAGGAGCUUGACAAGGCCAAACAGGCUCUGUUUGAGGAGAAGGACGUCCACCGCAAACUGCAGACCGAGAUCGAUGCCGCCAAGUCUCAGUUCCUGGACAUGCAGCGCACAGAACGGGUGGUCAGGGUGGACAUGGAACAGGCCACAAAACGGCUGGAGAGGUUCCGAAACCGUGUGAUCCAGGCGACGUUUUCGACCCCAGGCGUGAAGGCCCCGGAGACGGAGAUAACCGAUGAUGAGUUGAUAGAGACGAUGAAGAGCCUCAUGAACCAGAGGACAGAGUUAACACAGAAGAUACAAGAGUUAAAGAGCCAGCUCCGAGCCGCAGAAUCCGGUACCGCUGAGUUACUCGAUAAUGCUGCAAAGUUGAAGGACCAACUGCAGCAAAGUGUGACUCGCCUCGCAGAAAAUGGCCACCUGACUGAAAGUCUAAACCAGGAAACCAGCUUCCUUCAGUCUGUGAUGGCCGACGAAUCGUUGCUAUGGAUACGCGACAUGGUGAUUGACCUCGUCAAGGGAGAGAACCAGUGGGAGGAGAUGAUAGAGGGCGCUCUGGAGAAGUGUGGAGUCAAUGUCAAGCUGUCCAACGAUGAUCCCAGUAAACACAUAGAGACUCUGUUCGCCAAGUGGGAGUCUGCGAUCAGUGAGAAGGAUCGACUCAUGUCACAGAUCGCCGAACUCGACGAACACCACCGAGCUGACCUUGCCCUUCAGCUCGAUGCACAAAAACAGGAUCUGGAGAAUCAACUGACGGAUGCGGUGGAGCGUGCGCGACUCGAAGGUGAAGAGAAGCUAAACCGAGCGAUUGACGAGAUUCGAGCUGUUGAGACUGAGAAACGAGAAAAUGAAGUCGGGGCAGAGAGAAGACGUGUUGAAGAAAUAGAAGCUGCAAUGGAACAACUGAGAGAGUCUCUAACAUCUCGUCAAGAAGAAGACCUCGAGAAGCUAGAGAAAGCCGCGGACGCGAUCGUCCAGAUCGCUCAGUACCAGGCUCUGGAGAUCGAGCUGAGAGACGAGAUCGCGAGACUGGAGCAGUCGAGGUCGGAGGAGAUCGAGAGACUGCGAGCAGAGAAGGAGGAACUCGAGAAGAAGUUCUCGAUGGACGUCGAGUCGUACAAGGAACAGAACAAACAGCACGCGAUGACGAUCUGCGUCAUGGAGGAGCGCAUCGUGAAGAUCACGAAGAAGAACAAAGAUUACCAAGAGGAGAUCACUGAGCUGAAGAAAACAGUUCAGGAACUUAACACGAGAAAAGUAGAGAAGCCCGUUCUACCUCCGAAACCAAAAAUAAUUCUCCAGCGACCAACAGAGGAGCUGGCAGCCAUGGAACAUCUUAUUUCUGUCCUCAGACGAGAAAACCUUGAUAUGAAGAAACAGUAUCAGGACUCACAGGAUGUGAUCAUGGGUCUGCGCCGGGAUCUGUCUGGAGCGUCUGCCCGUCUGUCGGACAUCACCGGGGAGCUGAGCGAGACCCAGAAACAGGAGAUGGAACAGAAGCGGGAACUCCUCCAGCAGAAGGAGAGGGACCUCGUCGAGCUGCGACAACAGAUGGCAAAACUGACCAAGAUCAUCGACAAACAGAAAGAAGAGAUGAAGUCUCUGGAGGCCAACUAUAGCAAGGAGAAGGAACUCGCAGUCCAGUACAAGACAGAGCUCAAGGAGUACAAACAGAGGAUGCGGAGUCUAGAGGAGCGACUCAGUGACGAGAAAGACGAACAGAGGAAACAACUUGACCUGCUGGACCAGGAAGGAAAGAUCACAUCAGAGUUGUCUGCCCAGGGGGCGCAGUGUCGUGGCGAAAGACAUGAGCAGGUCAUCUUGAGACAGCGAGAGGCACUCACUGAGUUGCGAGCCAGAAUAAAACAGUUAGAGAUUGUGAGGCCAUCAUUGCCGAACCAGGACCAGGCCCUGCACCAGGUGAUUGCCCUGAAGAAGGAGCUGGCAGAGAUGAGGGCGAACCAGGCGAUCACGGAGGACCGGGUGGUUCAGAACAUAACGUCGCUCGACCGGCAGAUCGGGAAAACACGUGGACUCAUCUCCUCCGCAAACGUGGAGGCCGACAUGGAGCGCAGCGCUCACAGGGAGACGAUGGAUGCGCUCGAGUGUAGUGAGACCACGUAUCUGUCACUGCUGCGGGCCAUGGCGAGCUGUCUGGAACUCGAGGAGAUCGGUGGGCUUCGUGCGAUGGCGCACAUCCCGAGGGAUGAGCGGGAAAAACUGACGCAGGAGCGGGAAUCAUCGACCGAGCUGUUAGCCAAUCGGAUUAAAGUCCUGCAGGAGCGGAUACACAGGAAGGACGAGUUGUUACAAGGAUACGAGAGAGACCUCGCCAAACUCCAACAAGCUCAGGAUCUGGCAGAACACAAGACGGCUCAGGUUGAUACUCUGGUCAGCGAAAUAAGAACGAAUUCGGAGGAAUCACAGUACCUACGCGAGUCACUGAACCGAACCCGCGAUCGACUCAACCAAGAGAAACGUCUCAAUGCGGCAAUAAAACAGAAGAAGACAUUCCAUCUAGAGAACGAGCGACUCCAUCUAGAUAGAACCCCACACUCCAGCCGGUGUCAUCCAGAAGAUCCAAAGUUAUUUGGAAAGAAAAAGGCACAGAAAGAAAUGCUACGGAAAAAGAAUUAUGAAAUAGAAACGCUCAAAUCUCAACUGACUGACAGAGAACGAAAUUUACACAUGAGGGAAAAAAGGAUAUACAGUCUCGAAACUAGUUUGGGUACAGAUCGACCGAUAGAAGUCCAUGAGUAGAACGUACCGCAGCUGCCUAAAUAUAGAUAAUAAUACAGAGGCCUUAUCAACAGUACAACUGUCAUUCCAGAGUUAUUUCCCCUCAUCAUCAGUAGCACUGCCUUUUUGUUAGAACUUUCUACAAGAGUUGUAUCCCCUUAUACAAAGAAUGGGCUUUCUAGGAUUAUAUCCCUUUAUCAUAGUAGCAUUGACCUUUUAUUACAACUGUUUUCAGAGACAUUGCUUCUUAGUAUCUUAAAAUUGCCACCUAGUUAUGUCAUUUUUUCAACAAUUAUUUCUCUAUGAGAACGUUCCUUCCAAAGUUGUUUCCCCUUAACACUAAUCAUCAUCGUCAUAGUCAGCUGUUGCAGAGUUAUUCCCCCUGUCAGGAAAAUCGUCUUGCUAUUCUGAAAUGGACAGAUACAAUGAGAGAAAUACUUACAGAAACUGCAAAGAAGAAUAAUUUUAUAUUCAUUGAUGAACGAAAACGAACAGUAAUAUACGUUCAUUACUAUGUUUUAUAUAUUUAAUCAGUGUUGGUGAAAAUUACCUCCUUUCUGGCUCUCUUUCUCUGUGUGUUUUUCGCUCUCUUUUUCUCCCCCUCAUUCCCUAUCUCUCUCUCUUUCAUCCUCACCUCUCUCUCUCUCUCUCUCACCCUCUCCUCGCUCUCUUUCAUCCUCUCCUCUCUCUCCAACUCUCUCCCUCCCUCCCUCUCCCAUUCCUACUCUCUCUCUCUCUCUCACUUUCUCUCAUGUACACAUGCACACUUGUCCUCAUUGCUCACUUUCACUAAUCUAUUAAUGAUAUAAAUAUUCAAGCAUAUUAAUUAUCAAUCUAUACAAUUAAUCAGCAAAUGUAAUAAAAUAAUUAUUUCUGUAAGGUGGAGACAUUGAAAUAGAAAAUCAACAUAAUGUCAUUACUAUAUCAACACUGAAAAUGUAGGUCUAUAGGUGGUGAUGGAGUUAUGGGGUGGAAGAAUUUCAUAUGGGGUAAUAAUUUGACAUGGCCAAAACUUGCUAUUUUUAGAUCAUUACUUAAAUAUGAAUAAAUGAAAUAUUUAUUACAUUAUUUGAUUUCAUCACAUUUGAUGCAGUCCUGUUAUUUAUUACAUUGUAACAGUUAUAUGGAUGAUAAGGCAUACAGUUUUGCGCAAUAUUUUAUCUGUGCUGUAUAUAGUUUUAUUCCUUUUUUUGUAAAUUAAAAUUAGUAUAUAUACACAUAUAUUAUUAUUACAAAUUCUUUGUUAUAUAGAAAAACCAAUUUCAAUUUUCACACAGAACAUGACAUUUUUGUUAUCUUUUAAUAAUAUGAUGUUUAAAUUGCAUAGCCAGUUUAGUUUUAUAUUACGUUGUGUUGUAUGGUACCUCUGUGAUAAAUAGUCUUUUAUAAUUAAAUAGAACUGAUCUUUUUUGUACAUGUAUUAUUUCAAAUAUUAAUUUAUUCUAAUAUGUACUCAUUUUUUUCUGUGGCCUUAUGAAACAUUUUUAGAAAUGUUUGUGUGUUAUUCAUACAGAUGUGUAUUUAUCGUACGCAAACUUACACAGUACGAUUUUGAGGAUACAGGAAUUUCCUAUGGAAGGGAAUUACAAAAUUACACUAGCAUGCAUGUAAAUUGGGUAGGGGUAACUUGUAGAUUUUAAAAAAAGGAUCAUUUCUUGAAUAGCCUUUAGGAAUACAUGUACUAUAUUGUGAAAGAAAAAGAUGCUAUUUUAAAGCUUAUUUAGUUGUUUUUUUAUAACUACAAUACGUGUAUUUUAAUAUGGUAAAUUUUGUUACUACAGUUCCUAGACUUUGUCACAUGACCAGAUACCAUAUUGUGAUCUCAAAUGCUGUAUAUAUUGGUUCCAGUACAUGUAUCAGUUAAUGUGCUUGUAGAUACAUUGUAGAUAAUUUCUCAUUGUAAACAAAUGCAUAUGUUACCCUUUCUUUCCUAGGAAAUAAACAUUUUUUUACAAUA